UAUUCAUAACCGCGUGACCCUCACAUCUUCCGGUGCGCCUGUCUUGAUACUGAAGAAGUACUAAGAAAUUCACCGGCAUCGGAGAGGUAAUUUGCGAUUUCUAAAACGUCAUUUCAGCGAUUUAUUUGGCCAGAGGAAAAGAGAAUUGGGAGCGGUUUAUGGCUAUUUUGGUAAACUUUAUCCAAAAUGUUGUUCUUCCAUAUCGUCCGAAGUCGAAGAUCUUGGUUGAUUAGCGGGCCGCCUCGUUGAGAACCUCACCUCACUGUAAGCCCGCCCGUCGGCCCGUCCGCGAAGUGUGCCCUCGUUGUGUUGUGUGGCUUGAAACCGUCACCAUCACCGUCCGGAAGGAGACCACCUUAUUUACGAAUCUAUCUAUCAAUUAAUUUUUAUUAUUCUGACGUAUUUAGUGAUUGUUUUGUUGAGUUUUUCGUGGAAACGCCAGUUGCGAUGCGAUCCUCCCGUUGAUAAGCUCUACCGAAGCUGUCACCAUCUUCAUGCGACUACCCUCCCCUACUUACUUGGAUAGCCGACGAAGACAGGAUCCAUGGAUUUCGGAGUGGAAAGUCAAGCUAUGGGUUCUCUUUCAUCUCUCUUCGGUCUUCAUGGUUAAUCAUCGGAUCUUCUUAUCUGGAAAGUAGACUGUGUCCCUGUAUUUGGUCUGCCUCUCCAUCCUCUUCUCUGACAUGAGUAACUCGGAUGAGAAGAAGGAUGACAAAACUGCAGUUGACACCAUCAGUCAAGAUUCAACAAGUACAGAUAAUGACAGUGUCAAUACUAGCUUAAUUGAAAAAAUACUUUGUGAAAUGAAAAAUGAGUUUAAUCGCUCAGGUGAGAAUAUCACUUCUCCCUCUGAAACUCCAACAAAAGGACGAUCAAAUAGCUGUGAUAAAAGAAACACCAAAGAAUCUGGUCGAAAAUCAGUUUCCAAAAGUACUCGUUCGAAAAGCUCCUCUGAGUCUACCGCUGAAACUAGUAAAUCGUUCAGCUCAAAAAGCCACAGCGGUGACUUAGGAAAUUCUCCUAGCAGACUUGGAGCUGACGGUGACCUUCAAACAGCCAAAGUAGAAGAAAGUAAUACAAAAGAACUUUUAGGUAUUGAUAAACUCCCUAGUGAUCCUAUUAAAAGUAAAAAGUCAAACGUAGCCAACAAAAAAGGUGUGAAAAUGAAGUCAGUUUCAGAUGUCCCCAAAAGUACGCGCCUAAAAAAUUCUCAAGAGAAGAAAGCUAGUUCAUCUGCCACUAAAAAUGAUGAUGAACCUGUAGAGUCAGAAGUGGAUGAAAAAAUCGCAUCUUCCUCUGAAUCUUUAACCAUUUCUGCAAGUCCAAGAAAACCUGAAAGAAAAUGCAGUUUGAAUGCACCAAACUGUGACGAAAUAAAAUUAGAUCCAGAAUCCUCCGACAAAAAUGACAGUCCUUUUAACCCUAUCAUCUCUACGCUUAAUAAUAUGAAAAUAGAAAAAGAGCCUGAAAGCUCCUCUACAUCUGAGCUAAUGGAAGUAGAAAAAGAGCUGGAUAGCUCCUCUGAACUCGAGAAUUCCAUGGUAGAAAAACAGCUAGACAGCCCCUCCUCUAUGCUGGAGAGUGAAAUUUUAGGACAAGAACCCAAAGAAAUAUCUCCAUCUGAAGGCAAUGCAGUGGAAUCUAAUCCUGAAAAUUCUGUCACCCUCGAGGAUAUAACUGUAGAAAGAGACUGUAAAAUUUCCCCAAUCAUGAGUAAUGAAAUACCUGAAGAAUUAAAUGCUGGUGAGAAACCAAGCGACAGUUGCUCUGAUACACCACCAAGUGAAAUAGAACCAGCAGAAGUUCCAGCCCCAAUUUCUACUAGUAGUAAUGAAAAUAAUAUCUCAAUUUCAAGUUUAGAAUCAUCGUCAAAUCAAGCUUGUGAUCUCAAAAAUGAUGAUUCCAGUGCCUUUGUGCCGGAAGAUGCUCAAAAUAUUGACCUAGGCUCUAAAGAAUCUGAAGUAAAAUCUCCCAACAUUGGGAGUACAGACAAAGAUGAUACUAAUUUGGAAAAUAACUGCACUGAAAGCUCAGAAAUUUCAGAGGAAAGUAAAUUAUUAAACUCUAGUGCAGAGUGUGAUCUUGGCACCAAAUUGGGCAAUCAAGAAGCAACCGAAGACCCACAAGUGGACAAAGAGUCCACCUUGAUCGAUAAAUCGUUUAGUAAUAAUGAGACGAGUUCUUCUAUAUCAUUAACCCCUGUAAGUAUCAAGCUUGAAAAGGAAGAAGAGAAUCUGCCCAAAUCAACUCAUGAGAAUUCUCAAUCCACCGAAUUUUACAACUGUGAUGUUUCUACUCAACGCACUUCCCAACCGACAAACGAGUCGACAACUCGGAUCAUUCUUACUUUGAAGACAACGGAGGAACGAAAGAAAGGUCUUUCAAGUCCCCCAAAAGCUGAAUCAACUACCAAGAGGAAAGAAGUUCAAUACUCUGUAUCUGUUAAAGAGGAAAUCCUUGAAAACCCGGAAGAGCCCUCUAACUGUAACGAAGAAGCUGAAGAAGGAAGAAGUAGACGAAUCUUCCGAAACAGAGAAACUGUCAAAACAGAAAAACUUGAAAACGAUAGUAGUAUCAAGCGAUCAUCGAGACGCACUUCUAAAGAGUUCUCUUUUGAAUCAGUAUUACAAACUGCUAUUGCCAGAAAAGAAAAAUCUUUUGGUACCUUGAACGGUGUUGAUGAGCGAAUCAAGCGAGGCCGUUUCAGCACCGUUGACUUGAGACAGAGUCCUAGGAUCUCUAAGUCCAAAGCCAAUAAAACAUCACCAGAAGGAAAAAGCGGAGAUUCAAACAUUCAUGUUCCAGAUGAGCUUAAGCCUGUCGUAGUCUGUGAUUUAUUCCCUCAAAAUAGUAAUAAAACUAGUUAUCAGGUGAGUGAGGUCCCACAAAUUAUAGCUGAUUCCAAAGAAGCAGAUAAUGCGCCAUCAGUUCCAGAAAAAGUGAAUGAUGAGGAUGAGGAAACAGCUGAAGUCAGCAUUAAAACAGAAUCAAAUUCAAAGACAGAGAUGGAUUCAAUUAGCAGUAAUGGUAGUGGAAGAAAUAGAAAAAGAAAACGAUAUUUUCGUGGAUUUCGAUAUACUCUUAAAAGCGGUGUUGCCAAACUUGUUGCCAGGCCAAAGAAAGCAAGAAGUGAUGGCAUGCCAGAUCAGCAGAAAGACUCAACGCCAUCUGAUAGUGUUUCACCUAAUGAAUCUCUCAAAGCCGAGCCUUGUGAUUCUGUCUGUGAAAGCUCAUUGUCAGUGACAUCAUUGGAUUCAAGCUCAAGUUCAGUGUCCAAACGAAAAUACCCUUGUGAUCCAAGAGAAGAUGAAGUCAACGGUGUCGAAAAGGUUCGAAGAAUGGAUGUGCCCUCACCAAGUACAGCGGAAGGUUCUGAUAUUGCUGCCAUUCCAGAGUCAUCUGCUAUUUCAAUUGGGGGCGGAACAGCUGCAAUUUGUCUGUGUCAAGUGAAUGAAAGAGUAUUUGUAAGUCCAAAAGUAGCAGAAGAAGCUAAAGAAAUAUAUUGUCAAGCAAUUGAUUCUCUUGAUUCCCAAAAAAUUGGAUGCUGCAACGUUGUGGAUAAAGAAAAUAAAGAAGCUGUCAUGUUGAGACCAAGCGUGCGUGUUCCGUAUCAGUUACUGUGCACUGUUCAUUUUCAGCGUUUGAUUCGACAUAAUUGUUGUCCAGGUUGUGGACUCUUCUGCACUCAGGGGAGGUUUGUUCAGUGUGAAUCAUUCCAUCAGUAUCAUCGUGAGUGUGAAUUGAUGCUGGACGGCAAGCCAACAUGCCCCCAUUGUGGACAAGAUUCGCCAAAAAGCGAUGUUCUCCUCUCUUUAGGAGAACAUAAAAAUCCUGUUUUCUUCCCUUUUCAAAAGCCACCUAAAGUUGUUCCUUCAGCAAGGAUGUGCAUUGGAGAUUCCCGCACGCAGUAUCAACCUCCACUUGAAGUUCCUCCUCCACCCAUUGUGCCAGCUGCCUCAUUGGUUCUUCCCAGUGGAACAGAAAUUACAUCGGAGGGAAUGCCACCGUCUCUGGAUAAGGACAAGUUAGACGAAUUGUUGCAUGCUGCUUCUCAGAGUAGUUGUUUAGAUGCUAGAAUUACGUACCGAAUGCUGUAUAAUGCAGCAAAGAAUGGAGAAACUGAAAAAGUUCUUGCAGCUCUCGGCGCUGGUUUAAACCCCAAUCAUCAGUUUCGAGAAUGGGUGAUGGGAUCUGCUUUACACGGUGCAUGUGUUGGAGGCCACAUAGGAAUAGUCCACAUCCUCGUCCAAGCUGGAGCUCAACUGGACGUUCUAGACCGAGAUCAGAAUACGCCUUUAAUCUUAGCCGCUGGCCACGGUCAAAAUGAAGUUGUCAAAUACUUGGUCAAAGCUGGGGCCUCUAUAACAUUUAAAGGAGAGGAUGGAAUGACAGCCCUCCAUCUGGCAGCUAAAGCAGGGAACCUUGAAGCCUGUCAUUAUCUAUUGUCAAGCCCUAAAGUUCCUUCUGAUUUUAUCAAUCUUACAGAUGAUGGUGGCUGGACUCCACUGGUUUGGGCUGCUGAACACAGUCACACCCACGUCAUCAGGUUUUUAUUGGAGAAAAAUGCUGACUUGCUCAUUCGAGAUGCAGAGCAAAAUAUUGCUCUCCAUUGGGCCACAUACUCAGGCACAACAAGUAUAGCUGAGCUUUUGUUGAAUUAUGGCUCUGAGAUAAAUUGUACAAAUAUACACGGUGAUACUCCUUUACACAUUGCAGCUAGAAGAAAUCACUAUGACUGUGUGAUUUUACUGUUGGCCCGAGGUGCUCUGACAAACAUAAAAAAUAAAGCAGGCUAUUCAGUACUCGAGUCAUGCCUGGUUCAGCCGAGCAAUACUCAUAAAGCGUUACAACUUAAUGCAAAAUUGCAAGAACUCACCUCCAAAGUGAGCGAGAGAACUCAAGUUAUUCUAACCACUGACAUUACUCGAGGGCAUGAAACAAAUCCAAUUCAGUGCACUAAUGGAGUGGACGAUGAAACAGAGCCGACAGAUUAUGUUUAUGUGACUGAAAAUUGUUUCACCUCAAAUAUUAGUGUUGUACGUACAAUAACCUCUUUACAGUCUUGUACGUGUACUGAUUGUUCAACUGGUGACUGCGCCUGUGGAAAAAUUAGUUUUCAGUGUUGGUAUGACAAAGAUGGCAGACUAACUCCUGAAUUCAAUUAUACAGACCCUCCUAUGUUAUUCGAAUGUAAUCAAGCAUGCAAGUGUAACAAGGUUCUUUGCACUAACAGAGUUGUCCAGAAAGGAAUCACUGGCCGGUUUCAACUCUUCAGGACUAAAGAUAAUAAAGGAUGGGGUGUCAUAACACUCAAUUUAAUACCAAAGGGAACUUAUGUUUGCGAAUACAUCGGAGAAAUUAUAUCUGACUUUGAGGCAGACACUCGUGAAGAUGACUCCUAUUUAUUUGAUCUUGAUAAUAGAGAUGAUGAGACUUAUUGCAUAGAUGCUCGGCGCUAUGGAAAUAUCGCACGAUUCAUCAACCACAGCUGUGUUCCAAACUUGCAACCUGUCAGAGUUUUUAUCGGACACCAAGAUCUACGAUUUCCAAGAAUUGCAUUCUUUGCCAACCGAGAUAUUCAACCGUACGAGGAAUUAGGCUUUGACUAUGGUGAAAAAUUCUGGAUCAUCAAGUACAAAUCUUUUACAUGUACUUGUAAAGCUAAAACAUGCCGCUAUUCCACUUCUACCAUUCAAGAUACGUUAGAUAAUUACAACAAAAAAAUCCAAGAAUUGGAAAGAGAAAACUCCUAAGUUUAUUUUUUCUUGAUUAAACGAAUUAGCUAGUCAACAAAUUCAACCAAUUUUACCUUUUUUUAGUUUUAUAAUCUUGUCAUCAAAUUUAUGGGUCAUGUUAGUAAAUAUAAAUUACUAUUUUGUUCCUCAUUUUUCAGUUUGUAUGUAAUUUCACAAUAAGAAAUUGUUUUAGAUGAAUUAAAUGUGACAUGAAGCUACCAGCAUUUUGCAUUCAAUUCGGGUUGAAACUAGCUUACUUACCAAUUAUUUUGCCUGUGACUAGUUUUACUAGUUUUUACUAUUUUUGAAGCCAAGCAAAGCCACACCAGAAUUGUCUCUCUCUUUCAUCAUUCCUUGAUUUUAUCACUAAUUUUUUAAUGACGCGUCAUUGGUCAGCGGUGAAAUGUAAAUUUUGCACAAACUCAGUAGUAUAGUAUGACAAGAAUGUUUUUUUUCUAAAGUAAAACUCAUGGAUUGCGGUAGUUGCUUUAUUGUUUCAUGAAGAGUUUUGCCAAAGAAAAUUGAUAUCUGUCAUUUUCAUAGCAAUAUAAAAUGAUAGCUCAAAUGCCUCCCUGUUCUCCCUUUGAGCAGUAUCUGAUCUCAAUUUUUAAGAAAAUUGCCCAUGAAUUCCUCAAGAGGCCUUUGAAGAUCAUGUGAAUCAAAAACAUGAGUGGUCGUCUUGUGAUGUAUGGGGGUUUUCUGAAUCCAUUCGCACAUUGACUGUGAAAGGUUAGCAUUUUCCUUGAGCCAAAGCUGUUAGAAACAGUCAGUAAAGGCUAUCCAAGUUGUGUGCCUCUGCUCAAACCCUGCCGACUCAUGCAAAAUUGCAGCCAAAGUGAGAGGGAGACCAACUGGUUUGAUGGGAAAGUUUUUAACUGCCGAUAACAAUAAAGUCAGCUAUUCAGACGGCUGUGGCCGGCAAAGCACCGGCCUGUCUUGUCGAUCUGUGACAGUUGACAAGUAAAAAUGGUUUCUAAUGUCAAUUGUUUUCAGUCACUACUGAGAAUCCUAUUCUUUAAAAAUUGUGUGUUUUGCUGAAUGAGUAUGGUCAGUUUUACACAGAGAUUUUUUUGUCUGCUUACUGUUUACCCCUUGACAUCAUGUUCUGACCAUUCAAUUUUAGUAUUUUUCAAACCUUAGCAACAUAUAUGUAAUUUUUGGAUGAUGGACUGGAGUCAGUCUUUAAAAUGUUUUUUCUGGAAUCUUUCAUAUCCAGGUAGCAGCACUCAAGGAAUCAUUGAUAUAUGCUAACUGUCAGUUUGACAACUUCUGUACAUAAUUAUGUUUUAUUGAGAGUAAAAAUCUCAGGUUAUCAACCUGCUAACUGCAGGGCUAACAUACCUAGAUCAGUUUUCUUGUCAGAUUAUACUUUUCUUACCUGUAUGCUUCAUGUUAAGCACCAAAAGACUGACCUCUUUGUUGUUGUGAAAAUUGUAAGCAAAAUUAGCUGCAGGUUUGUCAGUUGUGUGAUCUUAUUGUGUAAAUAGUUGAUGACAUUUUGUCUCUUCAUUUUAGCACUCAAGACGAAUUCAGACAGCCGAAAAGAAAAGAAAUUAACUCGAAUGUAUUUCAAACUGACUUUUAUGCAUCUUAAAUUGCGCUCAUCUGAUCAAUGAUAGCAUUUACAAUGUACUCAUACAAAGCUCCAAGUGUGUAAAAUAGAUUCUCUAAUCGACUGCACUUUGAAAUCAGCAGCUUGUUCUUCUGAUUUUUUAAAGGAAGGGUUUUUUUUUUUUUUUUUUUUUUUUGUGGUUCUGGUUGCGCCUCUGUUAGAUUUAGUUGCUGUAAUAUUAAUUUUAAACCAUAAUUAUUAUUCUUCUUGUAUAGAGGUUUUAUCAAGUUGACAUUUUUUUCUUUAUUUUUUUCCACUUUUAAAUAUACCAUCGUCAUCUAUUUUUGCAAUCUUCAAUAUUUCUGGCAAAAGGCUUGUUUUUCCUUGUGUGUCCAUGGAAAUUUAAUUCAUCUCAAUAUUUAUCAUCACAUAAAUAAAAGAAAUAGAAAUUAUUCCUGAGCAAUCUUGCCUCUUCUAUGGGUCCAUAAUUUGUAGCAGUUCAGGCUUAUUCUCCUCAGAGUGCAGUCUUUAGAAUUAAUCAUGUUAAGUUUUAUUCAAAUGCACUGCCGGGAAAGUUUCCAUCUUUUUGUUCUGCCUAGGUAAAAUAAUUUUUUUACGCAUUUUGAGUUGUAUGUAGUAAGUUUAAGAAAACAUCACGCUAUAGUUCCCUAGCCAAAUUUUUACCCUCAUAUUACUUGUGGGCCAGUACAAUUGUGAAAAUUGCCAUAAUUUCUUGCGUUUUAAGUUAUUUUUACUUUCCUUGACAAAGUUGAUCAUCGUUAUUUUCAUUUUAAGUCAUUCAUAUUAAUAGGUUCUGUAUAUUUUCACCAUUAUAUAACCAGUAUCAUAUCAUUACCAUCAUACUGUAUAAUCGUCAUAGUUUUUAUCGUGUUUUCUCAUUUUUGAGAAGCUGCCAGCGUUUUACUUAUGGCUGUUUUCACAACCAGGAUUUUGUUUAUAUGUAAAGUAGUGUUUUCGUUCCGCUGUUUCUUUAGUUUUGUUACUCUUGUUUUAUCUCUUUUGUUGAACCAUUGCAAGUUAACCAAAUGUGUUAGUUAUGUUCAGUGUUCUGGAACAGGUACUUUGCUGUGCAAGUACAGGAAUUAUUGAAUCAGACAAAAAACGCCAACUUUUAAACUAAAAUGCUAAAUUUUUCUCCUGUGCUUCCAAUGGAAAAUAUUGUGGCAAAAUUCUAUCAUACCAAUGGCUCUGAUCAGAAUCAACUGAAUUAUACUGUACCUAGAUGGUUUCAUUCCUUCUCUUUUUUUUUUUUUUUUUUUAAGUAGGGAACUGAAUGAAAUUCUAUCUUGAAAUUUAGGGAGUAUAUUUUUCACCUAAAAAACAUGAAAAAUUAAGAUUUUUCCUGCUGUAAAUGGUCACGGAAUUGCUCUUUUUGUUGAUUUGUGCAUUUCCCUCUGCCAUGACUAUUGGCCGGUUCUAUCAUCUCUGGUCAAACUGCUGGUUACAUUUGACAAGAGGAUUAGCAUGAAAGUAGCAUUUUGUCAUCUCUCGUCACCACCAAGUCGUAGUCAAAUUUAGCUCGACAGAGGGAAAAUUUGGAAAAUAUUUAACAAGUACUUUGACCACCUGUAAAAUACUUUAACCAGAGGUUGAAUUUAAAUUGUGGUCCCUGAUCAGUUGAUGUCGCAGUCCGCUGUGCAAGCUCCUCUAUCAGUUCCUUGUUUUUCUUUUGUUCCUCGUAUGAAUUGUUUAUGACAUAUCGCGACACCUGGUGGAAGUGGUUUGCAUCUGAUUUUUGCAUGGAGUAAAUUGAAGUGUUAGAGGUAAUGUUUUUGCAGUUAGCAGCAUUUUUUCACUAUAUUUUUCAAAACAAUAGUACAAUUUUAACCAGAGGAUAAAUGUGGCUGACAAGAGGUGAUAGAAGGGGUUCUUUUUUGACAAGACGAUAAACCCUUAUUCUCUGGUUACAUAGCAAGCAGAUUUUACCAAAGGUGAAAAAACCGGCUCUUAGCUCACUGAUUUGUUUUCCGAAAUCCUGUGCAAUUUGAUAGAUGUUGACUAAACAUGCUGGAUAGAGUGUCUGGAGGAACAAAUCUGUAGGCCAGAAAUGUACUUUCCCAAAGAAAUUUUUAGAAGACGUCACACAGGAAUGGACAUAGCUCAGUUGAUUUUGAUCUGCCAUAAAUCGAAAUGCACGAAAUUUUUUAAUAGGAUCAGCUUUUUUUUUUCUGCCGAAAAAUAUUUCAAAACAGGUAAUAGCUAACAAAACUACAGCACUGAGAAACACCAUUUUAAUCGACCCAAGUUAAUUAAUUUUAUAAUCAGUAGUCAUGUACUCACAGCUUUGGUAAUUUUAAUAUCUCUUAAUUUGUAAUGAACAGCAUGAAUUUUUAAUUUUAGACACUGUGUGUCUUUGUGGGGUUUUUUCCUUUUUGUUACUACCUUUUAGCAGUCUUUCAUCAUAAUCAUUAUUCCUUUCUGAGCACCUUCGAAUAUUCAUGAAUUUGCUUGCAUGUAGGACUCUGAAUCAUAUUCUGUAAUAAUAGUAUUGUAGUCACAAUUGUAUCUCAGUCCUUUUUUUUUUCACUUCUACGUUUUAGGUAUUGUGAAAAUGUACAUAGCAAUGUUUUCUCAUCAUUUCUUUGAAUUUUUAAUGCAUGAUUUUUCUAAACUAUUGCUCCAGUUCAGAUUCAAAAUAUUCCCCAAAUAUCUGUUGCAAAAACUGCUUAGUUAGUGAGUAACUUUGUAUAAUUUGUAAAUUACAACCUAUUUGUUUUGGUGAUAAGUUUAUUUAGUUUCAUGAAUAGUUGCUUGUUUCAUAAAGGUUGAAUCAAAUUAAAUUUUUUAAGUUUUUGAUCAUUUUUCUAAUGGAGGAAAAGUGAGGUGGAUUGUUUCUUAAAUUGUACUUGACGUUGAAAACUUAAGCCUGUCAGCUUAGCUUUUUUAAUGAACUUAAUUAUAAUUAAUAUCCUUAACCUUCAGAUGAAGGUUUUGAAUACAUCAUCGAUGUGUACUUCGUAUUAUUAUGAAUCAUUGCGCCGAUUUUAGUCGAAAUUUUCAACAAAAUCUUGAUGAACUAUUACAUUUCAUACUAAUUCCCAAUUUUAGCAUUCCUUUCAAUGUCGGUCAUCAACACUUCCUUAAUCUACAGCAUGAUAGAAUUUUAUCAUAUAACCAGAAAAUUUUACUACCAAAGCUACUGUUAUUAUCAACACAUCGAUUAUUUUAUUUAAAUAUUUUAUUGAAAUAAUCAGUGAAAAUUGAAAGUAGCAGACAAAAAUAUUAUCAUUUUAACGCUUUGAUAAUAUUAUUGUUGAUUUUACAUGUGAUUGGUCGAAAAUUUAACCUAAUACCUCUAAAAUUUUAAUUUCAUCAGAAGUUACAAUCUUUUCCCCUCGCAGAAAAAUCGUUCUAGUAAUUUUGUCUGUGAAUUGAAAUUAAAGCAUAGGAAAUGCUGCAUUUUGGUAAGAGAUGCCUUUGUGCAUGUGAAAUCAUCUAUGCCUGCAUUUCAUUGAUCUGAAAUAAAGCCUCCUCCCUUCAAAUUAGGAAGAGGGAAUUAAUUUUCAGUAAAGAAAAAACAACCAAGAUCAGGUCACAUCUAUUUAUUAAAAAUCUUUGCAUUUUCUUGCUAUAAACGUGCUGAUAUUUGGAAUUUGAUGAAUGAAUGUGUACUAGUUUCUAAGAGUCAUGAGGUAGAAUUUCUGAAAACUAUGUUAAUAAUACCACAACUUCCCAAUCCCCAGUCGCUUUUUUGCAUUUAGUACCUGUAAUUUUGUGAUACAUUAUUUACUCAUCAGAGUAAUGAUUAGUUAGCUAACUUUAGUUUUCAUGUAGAAGGUUCUCUUCUUUUCUGUCUCAUCUCAUUGCACUCACUGAGAGGAUCCGUUAAAGUGAAUCAUUUCUCUAAAAAAAUUUGAAAGGUCUGUAAUAAGAUCGCACCACUUUAUACAGGAGCUUUAUAUUUCUCUGUUCAUGUCAUAAUGUUAAGCAGCGCCAGUUUCUGUAACGUUUUUUUUAUCAGUUGCUGAUUUUCCCUGCAAUUAUGAUUUGAUUCCAGAUAGAUUAAUCAUGGAGCAUUGAAGGUCCUCAUCCAGAUUAAUUAAUUUGUCCUGAAUGAUAUGGUACCUAUCAAAAUUAGCACAAGAGAUAUUUUUAAUAUAAAAUAGUGAGACUUGAUUGUAAAAAGAAUGAUGGCUAAGUUUUCCAUGAGCUUAGUAUGCCUGAAACAAAGAGGACAUUAUAAUACUCGACAGGAAACAGCGGGCAAAGUUUUUUAUCACGAGCAGAUCCUCAGAGGAAGAAAGCAGCACUGAAAUACAAUUUUUAACCAUCAUAUUAACUGUUUGUGGAUGAAUCCAGAAUUAGUUUCAUGGACUAACAACCAAAUCUCUGUUAACUUUUCAUCAUCUCGGCAAAAUUCAAUUUGUAAAUAAUUUUAAGAUUGAUCUAGACUAAUUGGGAAAAUACAUUAGUUUCUUCCAUUUCGUCUUGUUUGAUAAAAUGUAAUAUAAAUUAGUAAAUUUUGUGAAUUCUU